AACUGAAGCACAGUUUUUUCCGCAAGAGCAAGCUGUACGGUACGGUUGCAGAGAGACUUUCUGAUUUUCCAGUUUUUCAAGUGAAUAACCCAACAACACAGUAACAAACAUGUCCAAAAUCGGUAUUAAUGGAUUCGGUCGUAUUGGCCGUUUGGUUUUGCGUGCCGCCAUCGAUAAGGGCGCCCAGGUUGUAGCCGUCAACGAUCCCUUCAUCGAUGUCAACUACAUGGUCUACUUGUUCAAAUUCGACUCCACCCAUGGUCGUUUCAAGGGUACCGUUGCCGCUGAAGGGGGUAAAUUGGUUGUGAACGGUCAGGCCAUCACCGUUUUCAGUGAACGCGACCCCGCCAACAUCAACUGGGCCAGCGCUGGUGCCGAAUAUGUUGUUGAAUCCACUGGUGUCUUCACCACCAUCGACAAGGCUUCUGCCCAUUUCAAGGGUGGUGCCAAGAAGGUCAUCAUCUCCGCUCCAUCUGCUGAUGCCCCCAUGUUCGUGUGCGGUGUCAACUUGGAUGCCUACAAGCCAGACAUGAAAGUCGUUUCCAACGCUUCCUGCACCACCAACUGCUUGGCUCCCUUGGCCAAGGUUAUCCACGAUAACUUCGAAAUCGUUGAAGGUCUCAUGACCACUGUCCAUGCCACCACUGCCACCCAAAAGACCGUUGACGGUCCCUCCGGCAAAUUGUGGCGUGAUGGCCGUGGAGCUGCCCAAAACAUCAUUCCUGCUUCCACCGGUGCCGCCAAGGCUGUCGGCAAAGUUAUUCCUGCCUUGAACGGUAAACUCACUGGUAUGGCUUUCCGUGUGCCCACUCCCAAUGUAUCUGUUGUCGAUUUGACUGUCCGUCUUGGCAAGCCAGCCAACUACGAAGCCAUCAAAGCCAAGGUUUUGGAGGCUUCCAAUGGACCCAUGAAGGGUAUCUUGGGCUACACCGAUGAAGAAGUCGUCUCCACUGACUUCGUCAGCGACACCCACUCCUCGGUCUUCGAUGCCAAGGCCGGUAUCUCCCUCAACGACAACUUCGUCAAGUUGAUCUCCUGGUACGACAACGAAUUCGGUUACUCCAACCGUGUCAUUGACUUGAUCAAAUACAUGCAAUCCAAGGAUUAAAUUGGGAGAAGUUAAAGAAGUAUAAUAAUAUUACAUUUUAAGUAACAACACACGCUGCAAAGUAACAUUUCUAGAUGUAAAACCAAAAGUAAAACGGAAAUUUAUUCAUGAAACAAGUUUACAUGAGAUGCUAAGACGCACAUCAUCAGACAGGAGCUGAGCAUUUAGUUACCAAAUACCCAAUUCUAAACAAGAUGAAAUGUGGAAAAUAUUAGUGAGCUGAGCUUUCUCCCACUUGCUAUUAUUAAUAUGUUAACUAUUACAAGAAGAACAAAACAACAACCAAUCCACCUCCUGAUACAUCAUCAAUAGUUGAGAUUCUCUGUUACUCGUUUCAGUAAUUUAAAAAUUAUAUUGAUUAUAUUAUUAGUAAACAACA